GUGAGUAUUGUGGUGUUAAAAUCAAAAGUUCUUUUUAUAAAAUAAUACUAAAAAUUACAAAUGGAUACCUACGAAAGCGUAUUGCUAGUUAAACCUGAAGUAUUCGUUUUUAAUAUUCCACCAAGGUCAUCAAAUAGAAAUUAUAGGGCUGCCGAUUGGAAUUUAGCGGAACCGUCAUGGACAGGAAGAAUGAGAUUGAUUUCAAAAGGCAAUGAACUGUUUAUCAAAUUGGAAGAUAAAAACUCUGGAGAACUGUUUGCCAAAUGUCCCAUUGAUACUUACCCCGGAAUAGCCAUUGAACCUGUUAGUGAUUCGUCAAGAUACUUUGUUUUGCGUAUUAUGGAUGAUAAUGGUCGAACUGCUUUUAUUGGCAUUGGUUUUGGAGAUAGAUCAGACUCGUUCGACUUAAAUGUUGCUCUCCAAGACCACUUCAAAUGGGUAAAGAAGGAAAAACAAAUCAAUGAAGAACCUAGUGGACCAGGUUUGGAUCUUGGAUUCAAAGAAGGAGAAACAAUUAAAAUUAACAUGAAAAUAACAAAGAAAGAUGGUUCAGAGGGUAGUUCAAGGUCAAGAGUACAGACUUCAGGUGGGGGUCUGGGAUUAUUACCACCUCCACCAAGUGGUAAAUUGCCAGCCCCACCAGGAAGUUCACCUACAGUGUCUCCUUCACAUGCAGCCAAACCAAACCCAUCUGGGGAUUCUUGGUCUGAAUUUAAAUCAGCUGAUGCCAGUGCUUCCCAAAACCAGCCUGCAUCAAAUAGCAACUGGGUGCAGUUCUAAGUUCUUCUGACAGGUGAUAUGUUGUUAUUUAAAAUAUAUGCGCGGGUUAGAAUUAUCCUAGGUAGUCUGAGGUGUGCUGUAUAAAUUAUCAUAACUAUAAGUAGUUAUAUAUCAUACAUAUGCUAGUAUUGAAUAAUUUUUAUAAAAAGUGACCUUUUUCA